AUGGACGUAUCAAGUGAACACAGCACAGGCCAGUCGACAUCAGAGGGAGCAAUCGAGACGAAGCUGCAGCUACCAGCAAGCUGUGAUCCACCGCAAACAGAUGGUCCCAGAAAACAGUUAGUAUGGGUGGUAAGCCAACUGGUCCCUCCCAAAAAGCUUUAUGAUCGCCGACCAGUAUUGACCGAUGUAUUGCUUUCCGGCGCCUUACAGGUAUUUGGCGGAACAGGGCACAUGGGUAGGUCCCUUGUGAAAUGCGCCCUCUCCCGCGGGGAUCUUGUCACCUCUGUCGGCCGAGUCUUUGAGACAAGUCCCGAAGAAAUGGUCGCGCGAGACAGCGAUAGCCAUUUAGGGCUUCUUUGCGAUGUGCGAGCCAGGGAUUCAGUUGCACGAGUUGUUGAUCGGACGUUGGAACGCUUCCAGCGAGUCGAUGUCAUCGCCAACUGCUCUGGCUACGGCGUCAUUGGCGCCUGUGAAGACCAAGACGAGCAUGAGAUCCGUAAUCAGUUCGAAACAAACCUCAUGGGCACCCUUAACAUUAUCCAAGCUAGCCUCCCUUACUUUCGCCAACAAAAUGGAGGCCGUUAUCUUAUCUUCAGUUCAACAUCUGGAGCGCUUGGUGUUCCUGGUCUAGGUCCAUAUUGUGCCACCAAGUAUGCUGUUGAGGGACUCAUAGAAGCCAUGCUGUACGAGACAAAUUCAUUCAACGUCAAAGCAACUUUAGUCGAGCCGGGAUUCGUGCGUAGGGAUGAGCCAGAUACGUUAACGACCCCUUUGCCGACAUGGGGCCACUUCCUCAUUAAACCUGCGAGCGAGGCCUACGCGCAAGCAACCGCACCUGCGCUCCACGCCAAACGAAUGGUCCAAUGGCUUGGAGAUCGACAGCCAACAAGUGCCGUAAAGUGCGCCGAACUUGUCUGGCAGCUGGCCCACUGUUCUUUUCCUCCAUUGAGGUUGCUUCUAGGAAGCUACGCCAUUGAGAGUAUUCGCGAUAGACUUCGGUCAGUUACUGAAGAGCUCGAGGACUGGAAACACUUGAACUUCCCCAUCGCACCCGAAGCUGGAAAUGACAUAGACACUAGGGAUGGCAAAGUAGACCAGGACGAGACGAUGAACUAUUCGGGCCAAGAUACACAAGGUCAGUCAAAGGCAUGA